UCCAUGCGAAAGGCGACUCGUGCGACACAAAAGGUUCCCGCAAAUGCGAAUGAUCUGCUCCGUGCUAUGCAUGCGCGCAUCACGUUCGCAUUCCGCACAGAAAACAUCAAGCCAGAGGUUGCUGUAAAUGCUGAUCAGGCUGGCGUCAUGCUCUUCCCGACGGGGAAGUACACUUACGAGAAGCGGGGAUCCAAGGAUGUCUCCGUUGCGGGGCACGAGGAGCGGCGUCAGUUCACGAUUGUCACUGCCUCGUCAAUGGCAGGCCAGAUUAUUCCCUUCCAAUCUGUCUGGGGCGGCACGACAGAUCAGAGUCUCCCCUCGCGCAGUGAUCCGAAUUGGCCAACUGCGAACCUGCUUGGCUUCCGGUAUGCCCAUGGGGAUACACGUCACUGGAGCUCGCGAGAGACCACAAAACAGUGGGUAGAAGAAGUGCUUGACCCGUUCUUUGCCGGAGAGAAGAAACGGCUCGGACUUGCACCCGAAAGCAAAUCGUUGCUCUUGAUCGAUGUUUGGCCGGUCCAUAUUGCGAAGUCAUCGCCUGACGAUUUCCUGCCGUGGAUGGUCAAAACGCACAGCAAUAUUGUCAUCAUCUUCGUACCUGGCGGGUGU